GCUCAGUCUGAGGCGGAGAGCGGAGAGUGCAGAGCUUUGCUGUUUGCUGUUGAAUUCCUUUAACUCCACUUCUGUUACGGGUGUUGUGCGUCUAUUCAAAGUAAGUGUAUUAUAUCUGACCUUUGUAGCGUUCGCAGAUUUGCUGCAAUUAUCUUGCGGGUUGAACUGCUUUAACAUAUGUGCUCAAUGCUAAUAUACUCUCUUGUUUUUAGCUCGAUGCUACGCUGUAAACACUUGUGUAAUGCGUUACUCACGGGUUAUCUGGGCACCUUUCAUUUGUGUCUCCAUCUCAUUCAUUCACUAAGUGCUUGUUUCAGAGCGAAGCUCCUCCUCCAAUUAAGCCCCUCCUCCACCAGUGAAACUCCUCCUCCUCCAGUGAAGCUAUAAACACUGGAAUAUUCCCAUCAGGCUCCAGUGAAGAGUUGAUUGAAGGACAGUGAGAACAUGAGUGAUCCAGAACCCUGCAGAAUUAAACAUGAAGACACUGAACAACAAAUAGACCUAAUUGAAGAGAAUGAGGCGAUUAAAGAGGAGGAACAUCAUGUCAAAAUUGAGGAAAAAACUCAUUUACAGACUGAUGGUAUUUUGAAAAAGAGAGACAAGAAUCAAUUCACCUGCACUCAGUGUGAGAAGACUUUCAGCCGAUCAUCAUCCCUUAAUAGACACAUGCUGAUCCACACUGGAGAGAAACCAUUCACAUGCACUCAGUGUGGGAAGAGUUUCAGACAAAUAUCAUCCUUUAAUCUACACAUGAGGAUCCACACUGGAGAGAAACCAUACACAUGCACUCAAUGUGGGAGGAGUUUCAGCCAAUCAUCAAACCUUAUUCUACACAUGAGGAUCCACACUGGAGAGAAACCAUUCACCUGCACUCAGUGUGGGAAGAGUUUCAACCAAAUAUCAACCCUUCAUCUACACAUGAGGAUCCACACUGGAGAGAAACCAGUCGCAUGCACUCAGUGUGACAAGAGUUUCAGCCAAAAAUCAGCCCUUAAUAAACACAUGAGGAUCCACACUGGAGAGAAACCAUACACGUGCACUCAGUGUGGGACGAGUUUCAUCCAAAUAUCAGUCCUUAAUAAACACAUGAGGAUCCACACUGGAGAGAAACCAUACACGUGCACUCAGUGCGGGAAGAGUUUCCGCCAAUCAUCGUCACUUAAUCAACACAUGAGGAUCCACACUGGAGAGAAACCAUUCACGUGCACUCAGUGUGGGAAGAGUUUCAGCUGCUCAUCGCACCUUAAUCUACACAUGAGGAUCCACACUGGAGAGAAACCCUUCACAUGCACUCUGUGUGGGAAGAGUUUCAGCAGCUCAUCAAGCCUUCAUAAACACAUGAGGAGCCACACUGGAGAGAAACCAUACACAUGCACUCAGUGUGGGAGGAGUUUCAGCCAAUCAUCAAACCUUAAACAACACAUGAAGAUCCACGCUGGUGUGGGAGUAUCUGUGCUUUACCUAAUUGAAGAGUAUGAGGAGAUUAAAGAGGAGGAACAUCAUGUCAAAACUGAUGAAAAAACUCUUUUACAGACCGAUGGUAUUUUGAAAAGGAGAGACAAGAAUCGUUUCACCUGCACUCAGUGUGGAAAGAGUUUAAGAGGAAAAGGCAACCUUAAAAUUCACAUGAGGAUCCACACUGGAGAAAAACCAUACACAUGCACUCAGUGUGGGAAAAGUUUCAACCAAUCACCAUCCCUUAAUCUACACAUGAGGAUCCACACUGGAGAGAAACCAUUCACAUGCACUCAGUGUGGGAAGAGUUUCAGCCAAUCAACACACCUUAAUCAACACAUGAGGAUCCACACUGGAGAGAAACCAUUCACAUGCACUCAGUGUAAGAAGAGUUUCAGACAAUUAUCAGAUCUUAAUCAACACAUGAUGAUCCACACUGGAGAGAAACCAUUUACAUGCACUCAGUGUGAGAAGAGUUUCAGACAAUUAUCAUCACUUAAUAAACACAUGAGGGUCCACACUGGAGAGAAACUAUUCUUAUGCACUCAGUGUGGGACCCCUUUCAGACAAUUAUCACACCUUAAUCAACACAUGAUGAUCCACACUGGAGAGAGACCAUUCACAUGCACUCAGUGUGAGAAGAGUUUCAGCCACACAUCAACCCUUAAUAAGCACAUGAUGCUUCACACUGGAGAGAAACCAUUCACCUGCACUCAGUGUGGGAAGAAUUUCAGACGAUUAUCACACCUUAAUCAACACACGAGGGUCCACACUGGAGAGAAACCAUUCAAAUGCACUCAGUGUGGGAAGAGUUUCAGCCACACAUCAACCCUUAAUCAACACAUGAGGAUCCACACUGGAGAGAAACCAUUUACAUGCACUCUAUGUGGGAACAGUUUCAACCAAUCAUCACAACUUAAUAAACACAUGAAGAUCCACACUGGAGAGAAACCAUUCACCUGCACUCAGUGUGGGAAGAGAUUCAGCCGAUCAACAAACCUUAAUGAACACAUAAAGAUCCACACUGGAGAGAAACCAUUCACCUGCACUCAGUGUGGGAAGAGAUUCAGCCAAUCAGCAAACCUUAAUGAACACAUGAGGAUCCACACUGGAGAGAAACCAUUCACAUGCACUCAGUGUGGGAAGAGUUUCAGACGAUUAUCAAACCUUAAUCAACACAUGAUGAUCCACACUGGAGUAAGACAGUAUAUGUGCUUUGAGUGUGAGAAGACUUUUAAAACACCAGGAGAAUUGAAACGGCACCAGAGGAUUCACACUGGAGAGAAACCGUACAAGUGUUCACACUGUGACAAGAAAUUCAGGGAAUUACAAACCCUGAAAAGACAUAAGAGGAUUCACAUUGUAGAGAAACCAUAGACCUGAUCAGUAGCCCCAUUCGCACAGCGAUACCAAUAAAUAUCUGGAAAAUUACCGGAAUGAAUUUACUGGUAAACUCAAGAGAGCGCUGUUCACACAGGCGAGAAGGUUCUUGAAUUUUUCCAGAAGAUGCAUUCACACACCCAUUCCAAAAUACCUGUAAAUUCUGACAUCAUUAAGCAGAAAUGAGCUCUAAAUGGCCGCGCAUGUCAGACAUCCAUAGUUGGGAAAAGUGAUUUCCGGAGGGAGACAGAGAUAAUUUGCAGGAGGUUGUGGGAGAAUGGGUACCUGAAAAAAGGAGUGGGGGGUGAUGGUUGCGUAUCUGAAGAGCGGUGGG